AUGAAUUCAGACUCGAGCGCGAGCAGCAGAGCAUCUUCCCCGGACAUGGAUGACAUGUUCUUACGCGAGCACCACCACCUGCCGCACCACCACGUGGCCUCCUCCGUCUCCUCCACCUCCAACAGCCACAAGAUGACCCCCGAGCACGCGCGCUCCGGGGACGGCAAGAACAGCAGCAAAUACAAACUGAAGAAACAGGUGACAGAAGAGGAGAUGUACCAGCUGCGCCUCAAGAUCAACGGCCGCGAGCGCAAACGCAUGCACGACCUGAACCUGGCCAUGGACGGACUGCGCGAGGUCAUGCCCUACGCGCACGGGCCCUCCGUGAGGAAACUGUCAAAGAUCGCGACGCUUCUCCUCGCGCGGAACUACAUCCUGAUGCUCACGAGCUCCUUGGACGAGAUGAAGCGGCUCGUGGGGGAGAUCUACGGGGGGCAGCACUCCGCCUUCCAUUGCGGGACGGUGUCCGGGACUCACUCCGGGGGACACUCGGGGCCCGUGGCCGCGGCGGUCGCGGCGGCGGCGGCGGCGGCGCAUCAGGUUCACCCGCUGCUCUCCGGCUCCGCCUCCGGGUCUCUGCCCGGCUCCAUCCCGGGACUGGCCUCUAUGAGACCCCCGCACUCCCUGAUGAAGGGCUCGGCCCCCGCUCCUCCCGCGCUGCCGCUGGGCUCGGGGUUCCAGCACUGGGCCGGUCUCCCGUGUCCGUGCGCCAUCUGCCAGCCGCCCGCGCACAUCCCCAUCUCCUCCAGCGGCCUCACGCGCCUCACGGACAGUAAAGACUCUAUGAAAUAA